AUGUAUCAUAGAAACGAUGCCAAAAUAAAACUUGUUCUCGCUAACUUUAACCCUUACUAUUUCCACACGAAGUUUGACAUUUUACGCUAUGAAACUAUUGGUGGUCUACUAUUAAAUCAAUUCCGCACUAUGGUAGUAACAAUUGAUGGUGGCAGUGGCAGAUACAAGGAAAACCUGAGCAUAGACAUCACCAAAGACGCAGGAAAUCGGCUACGAGCUAGCUGGACGAUGCUGGAGAUGCCAAAGGCCGCAUGCAGGGAGCGUGCACAAUGCGGCACACAGAAGUUGAAUGAUGAGCGGGCACAACAGCAGGAAAUACAGCAAGAUCACGACUGCGGUGGACAUGUCUUGCCAACACCUGCGGACGAUUAA